UGCCAUCUUGGCGGGAAGCCCAUUCACCUUGUGCUCGCAAGAGCUUGUGAAGUAAUGUUAUUAUUUCCUCGUUUGAAAUUGUUUCCACGGAGUAAACAAGUUCAGUUUAAUGUUGUAGUGUUUACUAGAUGUUGUGAAACGUAUGCCAAAUUGGCAAACACUUGUAAGAUGGUUCAGGUGCUUAAUGUCGCAGAGAAAAAUGAUGCUGCCAAAAAUAUUGCAGAACUACUUUCUCGCGGUCGCAUGAACCGCAGAGAAGGAAAAAGCAAAUUCAACAAAAUCUAUGAGUUUGAACAUAAUCUUUUUAACCAAGCUGUAAAAAUGGUAGUCACCUCGGUAUCUGGCCAUCUGUUGUCUUCAGACUUUGUUGGAAAUUACAAGAAAUGGCAAGGGAUAAAUCCCGUUGCCCUGUUUGAAGCACCAAUCCACAAAUUUUGUUCUGAAGAUUAUCAAAAUAUUAAAAGAACCUUAGAAGAUGAAACCAAAAAGAGUAAAUAUUUGAUUAUUUGGACAGAUUGUGAUAGAGAAGGUGAGAACAUUGGCUAUGAAAUAAUCCAAGUGUGUCAAGCAAUUAAGCCCAAUAUUGGGGUGUUUAGAGCAAAGUUUUCUGAAAUUACAUAUCAGUCAGUAGCACGGGCUCUGCAGAAUUUGGGCCCUCCUAAUAAAAAUGUCAGUGAUGCCGUUGAUGUAAGAAUUGAGCUUGAUCUUAGAAUUGGAGCUGCUUUCACAAGGUUUCAGACUCUCAGACUUCAAAAAGUUUUCCCCAACAGUCUUGGACAAUCCAUGAUAAGUUACGGAUCUUGUCAGUUCCCUACAUUAGGUUUUAUCGUCGAGCGCUACAGAGCCAUUGAGGACUUUGUCGAUGAGAAAUUUUGGAAACUGAAGGUUGUCUGGGAACUCAACGAAGAAGAACGCGUGGAAUUUCUCUGGAAAAGACACCAUUUAUUCAACCAGACAGUUGUGCAAAUUCUUCUUGAAAAGUGUCUGGAGAAUCCUGAAGCUGACAUCGUCAAGGUUCAAACAAAGAACAAAAGCAAAUGGAGACCGUUACCAUUGGAUACUGUUGAACUUGAAAAGCUAGCGUCCAGGAAAUUGCGGAUCAACGCCAAAGAAACCAUGAAGAUUGCUGAAAAACUGUACACUCAAGGGUACAUCAGUUAUCCCCGUACUGAAACAAAUAUAUUUCCCAAAGAAUUAGAUCUCAAUCCCCUGGUUCAAUGUCAGACGGUUGAUCCGUCAUGGGGAGGAUUCGCACAACGUGUACUGGACGAAGGAUUGAAUCCUCGCCAAGGCAAAAAAUCUGAUCAGGCCCAUCCUCCGAUCCAUCCGACAAAAUAUGCAGGAAAUUUGGCUAACGAGAACGAACGUAAACUUUACGAGUUUAUCGUCCGCCAUUUCUUAGCCUGCGUCAGCAAAGAUGCCCAAGGUUAUGAAACGGUUGCAGAAAUUCAAAUUCAAGAAGAAGGUUUUGUUGCCAGCGGAUUGCAAAUAGUUGCAAGAAACUAUUUGGAAGUAUAUCCCUACGAGCGAUGGAGUGAUCGUAGUCUUCCUCUGCUCAACCAAGGCGAACAAUUCACUCCAACAUCGAUAACCAUGGAGGAGGGCGCGACUUGUGCACCUCAACUGCUAAGCGAAGCUGACCUGAUUUCGCUGAUGGAAAAACAUGGUAUUGGUACAGACGCCACUCACGCCGAUCAUAUUGAGACGAUCAAAGCACGACAGUACGCUGGUGUGCAAGCCGAUGGACGCUUCUUACCCUGUUCCUUGGGUAUGGGGCUCGUACAAGGUUAUGACGCCAUGGGCAUCGCUCUUUCGAAGCCAAAUCUUAGAGCUGAACUAGAAGCUGAUUUGAAAAGGGUGUGUGACGGAGAAAGAAGUCCGAAUGAAGUUCUGAGAGAGCAGAUUGAUAGAUACCGACAGGUCUUUGUGCAAGCCAUGGAGCAGGUGACAAAAAUCGAUGAAGCCCUUUCGACAUUCUUCGACGAAGAACGACAAGAAGCGCCAGCUCCUUAUCCUGACACGGGUCUGGAUGGAAACACAAGUUACUGCAAAUGUCCAUCUUGCAACUUGGACAUCACUUUGCGACGAAAAAAGGAUAAUAAUGGGUUCUUUUUCUCUUGUAUGGGGUAUCCUCAGUGUAAAAAUGCCAUAUGGUUACCAACUACUGUACAGCAAGUAGAAAUCGAUGCGCAAACGUGUACAGCGUGCCCAUCUCAUCCGCCUCUGGUGCGUUUUAAAUUCAACCCAGGCGCUUACGCUCCGUUUUAUCCUGAUACUCAUCGCUGUUGUAUUGGUGGGUGUGAUCCCAAUUUUAUGGAGCUUCUGGGUAUUCGUCCACUGGUAUCGCAGCCACGGAACCAAAAUAACCCUCAGUCAAAUAACACGAGAACAGCAAACGAAUCGCGAAAUUCUUCUGGUUACGCAUCAGGAUCGCAAAGCUUUGCUUCUUCAGCAAAUAGCACACGUUCCUCUGGCGUGGGAAUUCCGCCUCCCAGACCUCAAGCCCAGCCUCGUCCAGCAACUUCCAGUAAUACUCGAAUUGUAUCCGGUUCUAGUAACAGAAAUACAAGACAACCAGCUCCACCAGCGGCCCCCGCAGCUAACCAAUCAAAUGCUUCAUCACAGCCGUAUUUCCGUCAACCCAUGCCUCUGCCACAGAGGCCUGAAAACAACAGUGAUACCGUGAUUGUGUGUAAUUGUAGCCAAGACGCUAUGCUAUUGACGGUUCGAAAAGAAGGACCCAACACAGGACGGCAGUUUUAUAAAUGUGCAAAACAACAGGAUGGCUGUAACUUCUUCCUGUGGGCCGAUACUCCUGCCCCGGUUCCUUCUAGCAGUGAAGCCGGAGAGGCGACAUUCCGCCAACCAGCUGUCCGGAAUCAACCGCCUGAUGGUGGUGACUCCGAGACGUGCUGUUAUUGCGAUGGUGGUCGCGAACCUGCCACGAUAAGAACCACGCAAAAACCAGGCCCGAAUUGUGGACGUCAGUUUUAUUGUUGUGGCAAACCCCGUGAAGUGCAGUGCAAGUUUUUCGAGUGGGUGGACGACAACGGCGCUAGUGGAGGUGGAUUCGAUCAAGGCCCUCAAGAAGCAUUCGGUAGAGGAGGAGCAGGAUCCAGCCGGGGUACCAUUAGUUCCAGAGGGCGAGGAAGAGGGCGCGGCCGUGGAAGCUCAAAUGAAUCGUCCGCCACCGGAGAAAGAAAAACAAGAAAAUGCGGGAAUUGCGGUCAAGAAGGCCAUACCAGGAAUCGUUGUCCUGAUAUCGAAUAAUAUCACUUUUAAUCGUCCUACCGGCCGAUUUAAUAAAACAGAAAUUGUUUCAUUGGAAGCAUGACAUAGGUUUUGCAGCCAUAAGAUCAAGAAACGUUUUUUGUUCGUUUUAAUUUUUUUAAAUUCCGAUUAUUUGUUGAUGGGAGGUGUGGCGUUAUCCUAAUGUGCUAUUACAAAAGAAGAAAAACA